GCAAUUAGAAAUGCUACUACUCGUCUACUCUUCAAAUAAAAGCAGCCCAUCCAAACUUCUUAAACCCCUGGGAACCCUAAUUUGAGGCGGGAGCCCAGACGUCUUAGAUCGCCUUCUCCCUCUCUCUUGAAGCUGCUGGACAACCAUGACUUUCAAGCGCAGGAACGCAGGCCGUAACAAGCACGGCCGUGGCCACGUUAAGUUCAUCCGCUGCUCCAACUGCGGCAAAUGCUGCCCCAAGGACAAGGCUAUCAAGAGGUUCCUUGUGAGGAACAUCGUUGAACAAGCUGCUGUUAGGGAUAUUCAAGAGGCUGGAGUCUAUGAGCAGUACACUCUCCCUAAGCUUUAUGCAAAGAUGCAAUACUGUGUGUCGUGUGCCAUCCACUCCCACGUGGUCAGGGUGCGUUCUGUUACUAACAGGAGGAUCCGGGAACCACCACAGCGUUUCAUCAGACGCAGGGAUGAUAUGCCAAAGCCUGGUCAGCCUGGCCAGGCACCUCGUCCUGCUGGAGCUGGCAACCCUGUUCGUGCUUGAGAUCAAAUUAUUCUCUGAUACUGUUUUGCUUUCUUACGGAUGUUUUGAAUGCCAUCAAUUUUGUUCUCUCUAGGACACACCAUAUUUUACAAUUACAUGCUUGGAUCUUUGAGGAUUGUCUAUUCAGAUUUUGAAUCUAUUGAGGUCCCUAGUUUAAGUUUA